AAGAGGUUCUCCAACAACUCUCAUGUUUGCCAACUACUCGGCUUUGGCUAUACAAUUUGGAUAUCAUCUCUCUUUCAUUUGACACUUUAAGUUGCAAAAAUCAUGGAUUCUUGCAAGAACUAAAAAUUGAAUCAUGCCCACAGCUUGACCAGAUUGUGAUGAAUGGAAGUGGGAGUCAUCUCAAAUACCUCUCUAUAAGUGAUGUCAAAAAACUGGCAAACAUUAUUUGGAAAAAUCUAUCGCCUCCAGAAUGUUUUCAUGUGUUGAAGUGGUUAUAUAUAAUAGGAUGUAAUUUGGAUAAUUUAGCUUGGGUCCUGCAUCUCCCAUGUCUAUAUUAUUUACAUAUAGAAGAUUGUGCAGAGAUAGAAAUGUUGUUUUACAUGGAAGAGGAGAGAGAAAUUCAACAACAAGAAGUCUCAGAACACCGCCCAACAUUCCCUGCAUUGGAAUUUCUAAAGAUAACUAAUCUACCAAAAUUAGUGAGCAUAAGCAAUUUUGCAUUGGAUUUCCCUCAACUUUCAAGCCUUGCACUAUGUGAUUGUGCGGAGAUAAAAACAUUGGUUUACAUCGAGGAGGAGAGAGAAAUCCAACAACAAGAAGUCUCAGAACACUGCCCAACAUUCCCUGCUCUGAAAGAUAUACUUUUAAUAAAGCUACCAAAAUUAGUGAGCAUAAGCAAUUUUGCAUUGGAUUUCCCUCGACUUUCACAGCUUAUAGUGUAUAAAUGUCUUAAUCUAAAGAAGUUACCAUUCAAGAGUGGCAUUAACAACAACAAUCAAAGAAUGAUAUUGAUUGAUUGUAAGAGAGAAUGGUGGGAAAGCUUAGAGUGGGAUGAUGCCACCAUCCCAUCUCACAUUCUGCCACGUUUCAGAAUGAUUCAAUGUGCAACUUAUAACAUUGAGAAAUCAUGUCAUCCAUUUGACAGGUCUUUAAUUUCCGGGGUUUUACAUCUCCAAAAGCUUCUCAGAACUACAAUUUCUCUUCGCAAUUAAUCAGUGAUCUACCAAAGUUACUGUGCAAUUAUGCUCUGGAUUGCUCGUGUUGUUUCUGGUUUUCUUCUCAAAUCUGAAACUCUUUGAUUGGUUUUUUAUUUAUGCCGAUGUGAAGACAUUAUUAUUUGGUUUCCAAGUUUGAGGUUAAUGAGCAAAACAAAGGCAAAAGGUGUUAAUUGAUAAAUGUGUUGCUACAGUUGGUAAAGCUAUUUAUG